AGGUGACAGGACUAAAAACGUGGAGACGAAAGCAAAAACUUCAGAGAGUGAUUCCAAGGACGCCAAGUCUGUUGUAGAUGGCAUUAAGGUAUUGUCUUAUGUGCUGGGCCGGAGGCUCUGUUUAUUUGUUGGUUUUCUUUGUGAUUUUGCAUUUGAGACUUAAAAAUUAUUCUUCAGGUCACUUCACAUCGGGAGUUUUCAAGCAAUUGCGCUAUUACUUUUCUAACUAUGUUCUUCGUAACCCACCCUUUCAACAUUCUCUCGUGAAGAAUACCGGAGAAAACCCACGACUUUCGGCAGAGCAUUGACAGACUCUCUUCACAUGAGUAAAUAUCAUUAUUAUAUACACAAGGUCUGGAUAUGAGGUACUCUGCAAUCUGAUUGGUUCUCUACUAGCAGGAUAUUAACCCGAGUAUCACGCCCUCGGUAUUGAAAGAGGGCCUGACACAAUUCGCCUCUAAAGCCAUGUUCAACAUCCAGAAUCUGGAUGUUAUGCCGAUUGGCUAAGAGACGAUAAAACGCAUCAUGUGAUUCAAACCGGAAAUAUAUGACCGGUGUAUGUAAACACCAAAAAUAGAAUUUGUAAUUUUGUCAAUAUACUGUUAAAAGUGCUUUAUUUCUGAAAUUUAUUUUCAAUUAAUUAAGCCUAAAAAUGACAAAAUAAGUACGAAAAGACGUUGAAAACGCUUUUGCAGCAACAUUUUACUCGGUAUAAAACUAAAACUACAUAGUCAUAGUAGAAAGCGUGUCUAAAUAUCUCGCCGUAUAUAGUCGCCGUAGAACGAAAAUAUGUGGAUGUCGGAAAUUUUCAAAUAUUUAGUUCCAAAAAGCUGAAGCCUUAUUUAUCAGUUUAUUGCCGAGCUGUUUUCCAAGACCUGCAAGGAUAUAGUAGUCAGCUCGCUCGAACUAAUAUGCCAACAUCAGGCAGAAAUUGAAGACAAUAGCUGUCUCGAAUAAACUAUUAACAUGACACGAGGACCGAGGAAGAAAUCCUAUUCAGAGCGCCGAAUGUUGUCUCUUUAGACUCCUGGAAAAAGCCAUCGAGCUAUGGUUCCCCGAAUGAGGCAUAGUUUACGCUUAGAAUUCCAUCAUGUGGAUAUUUCGACAAAAACAUACCGAUUUUUCUCCGUAUUUAUUCAAAUUUAUACAAAACUGCAAAUAACGAAAUUUGCGUAUUUACAUACCUGUAGCGGACAACUGGAAAUAUGCUACAACCGGAAAUAAUUUUAAUUGGCUGAUAUUCCGGGGGUGGAAAGCCCGUAGAGGCGAAUUGUGUCAUGCUCUCUUCAAUACCGAGGGCCUGAUACUCACGUUAGCAGGAUAUUAGCUCAUAUCCUGCUAGUAUAGAGAAAAACAAAAUGGCGGCUCAAACUGAAUUUCCGAUAUUUUGCGAACGAGAAAAUGGCAAGUUGUUCGCUUUUUAUAGCCUUUACAGGAUUAAAAACACAACGAAAAAACUCCCACAAAUUGUUUACAGGUUAACAAAUGAAUUUUUAAAAUUUAGAAUGGUUAAAAAUAUAUAUUUUUGAAAAAAUAGUCGGCCGAAAGAGCGAAUAUAAACGUAAAAACGUAAAAAUUAAUAGAAAAAUAUUGAAAAUAUCCGAAAAGCAAAGUCUGUGAAUUCAGACCUUGUGUAUAUAAUAAAACAGUUAUUCCACUCACUCUCGUCGAAUACGAGCGAUAGCCGAUUCGGCGCUACGCGCCUCAUCGGCUGGCUAUCAGCUCAUAUUCGACUCGAGUUCGUAGAAUAACUGUUAAAUAUUUUGCUGGCAUCUCACUCGAUUCAAUAAUAGGUGAAAGGUAUUGUAGACCGAAAUUAUGGAAUGGAAAUUUAUGUACAAAACUGUCUGUACCAGUGUGGGUAGUACCAAUGUGAAAUUGCUGUGCUGAAUGGUUAUAUUACUACCUGAAAAAAAAACAAGCAGAAACUCGACGUUUCGAGCGAAGGCCCUUCGUCAAGAGUUAGUAGCAGGACUAACUUACUCUUGACGAAGGGCCUUCGCUCGAAACGUCGAGUUUCUGCUUAUUUUUUUUCAGGUAGUAAUAUACUCAGCACAGCAAAUUUAUAUACAUGCACCUGUUCUUAAUUUUACAUGAGAUAAUGCAUAACUCAAUUGGUAGAGCGUCAUCCCGGUUCGCUGAAUAUUCGAGUUCAAAUCCCACUUGAGUUAACUAAGACAGUGUUGUUUUUUUCUCAUAAAUAUAUUGUAUCAGGGCUUUCAAAUACGCCAGGAACCGAAGUUUCAGGGCUUUCAAAAUAAGCCAGGAACCGAAGUUUCAGGGCUUUCAAAAUAAGCCAGGAACCGAAGUUUACUGCCGGCUAACUUCUUGUCCAAACUUAUCCCCGACGCAUCUUUGUAAAACUACCCCUUGAGCCGCCUACAUUCUCAUGCACCACAGACGCCUAUACUUACAAUAAUUUUGAAAGCCGUUCAUCAGUUUCAUGUUUCCCUGAUGACGGCUCUGAAAAGUCUCCUCCUCGUUUGACCGGGAUUUAAAACUUGCUGUCUAUGUUUUCAGGUCCCAGGAAUAAAAGCUUUAAAAGAUGGUUAUAAUGAGGCUAUCGAUUUACUGGAGCGCAUUGAAAAAUUAGCAAACGAAAACGACGACUUAAUUUCAAAAAUAUCUACGGCUGUUGUGAAUGUAAAGCUAAACCACACCAAUACUGAAUACGAGAUAGAAACUGAAGUUGUUGAACGAAUUCAACGCAUUCGCUUCAACAUUGAACGAGGACGUGAUCAGAUCCGAGAAUACCGUAGCUCUGCUGGUGAAUACAAUAGAAACACCUCGAUAGAGUUGAGAAUACCCCAGGUCGCGUAUGGUCCAUCUGUUCAAACACGAGUUUCAUUCGAUGUUGCUACUGAUCAAGAUAAUGCUCUUCUCUUGUUCCUCGGAAGUGCUCAGGAAUAUUUGGCUUUUCAAGUUCAUGACGGCAAACUCCAAAUAGUGUCUGGUGAUUCAGAAGGCACGAGUACGGUCGAUACAAACUUGGAUAUAAAGAAAGGGGAAGAUGAUUGGAGAGUCGUUAAAUUUGUAAAGUAAGUUUUUAAUUAACUUUUAUACUUAGGAUUGUAGGAAUAAUAUAAGCCACUGAUGUUUAAACUAGGACUGAAACAGCCGAGCACACCGCGAGUGCAUGGCUAGCAGUUUCCUGGUUACACCCUAGAGAUGGGCUGAAUAAAUAUAAACAAGACGCCUGCUCAGGCGUUCACACUGGCUUCGCGGUUGGUAAAAUACCAUCGCAAUAUUCUAAAAAAUAAUUUGAAACAUGUAGAUGUUCUUCACUUCUUGACGGCCAUCACUUCAUGAUCACAAACAUUUAGAGGACGGCACAAUAAAAAUCCAAGCAAAACCAAUAGAGUUAAGCGAUAUCAUAUCGAAAAACACAGGAAAGUUCAAGCGCAUGCGCAAUGAAAUAUAAUAUAAUAAAAUACGUCCCACAAUUACAGCGUCUAAGAUUUGUAACGUAGUUAAAUACGAAAUUCGUUCUGAAAAGCAUUGUGUAGAAUUGGUCCUUAAAUCAUCGUGAGCAUGUUUUAGCUAAAUUGCGCAAUCCUGAGCCCACGAUGUCGCAAUGGAAAGUCACACUUGCGACAACCAAAAAAAACCCGAAAAAUUCCUUGCAAUUUCAGCAACUGGCUGCGGCCAGUGUAAUUAGUAGAUAUUGUGUUUAUCUGAAAGAGAUAAUGGAAUUUUUUUACAUUAUCUGAAUAUUAUAUUUGAUUGCUUUUUCAAAUUUUUAAUUUCUACUUUCAUUACCAAACACCAAAAUAAUGUUAGAAGUUUGCAGCAAAAUUCAGAGUUUGUUUAUUCAAAGGAUCAGAUUCAAUUAACAUGAGAUAUUUUGAACUUGUGUUACCUUAAUUAAAAAUUUAAAACUCUUAACAAACUUUGCAUAUUGUACCUCAAACGUUUCACAGUGCGUUUAAUUUUUGCACCUCUACCCCUGGCCAAGGCCAAUAUGGGUCCCCCCCCCCACCACCACCACCACACAUACACACCCCUAUUAACUUGUCGACUCCAGGGAUGAUUAUACUAAUGAGACGGCAUCUAUUGUAGAAUAUUAAUGAGACGGCGUAUAGUGUAGAAUAUUAAUGAGACGGAAUCUAGUGGCUAAUGAGACGGCAUCUAUGUUUAUCAUAUCUAAAAUGCUCGUGCUGCACACACACUUUUAAACAGUACUUUAAUAAUUAUAUAAAAUAUAAAUCCCCGAGACCUCAACAGUCACAUUUACUUUUUCUCCCUGUAUAGGACCGGCGCAAAUGUUGCAGUGACUGUUGAUGAUGUUGUUGGUACCCCCAGUGGAGACUUCCAUUCAAGUGAAUUCGAACUGAAACGAGGGGAUUCUUAUCUUUUUGUUGGAGCACCACCUAAAGAUUUUCAACUACCUGCUGAUGUGAAGAACACGACCUUGGUCGGAGGUUUUGACCAACUCUUUGUUGAUGGACGCAGAGUUGGCUUGUAUGAUGCUUUGGUAAGUGCUAGAGAUUAGCCGAUGAAUCGGGAAAUAAUUAUUAAGAAAUAGAGAACAUUUUCCGUGUUUCUAUACAGUCAUAAAAACCCGCGUGGGAGUUAGCAAGAACGAGGAAUAAUCCGUGUAAAAGUGAGCCCUAAAGGCGUGUUUUCCAUAGGUCUCCCGAGAAGGUAGCCUUACAUCAUGUAUAUUAUUUCCCCAAGGUCAGCAAAAAAUACUGCAUUUAUAAACACUGUAUACAAACAUUAAAUGACGAAAAACUCGUGCAUAAACAUAGAAAAUCAUUAUAAAUAUGAUCAGACAUAAUUUUAGCACUCCUACAUUGUAUUUGUUUUCUCAGCACAUUAAAACAGUGAAUUUUGCGAAAGUUUAUAAAAUUUUUCGAGAUUUUGGACUGAAUUUUGUUAAACUAUGCGGGAAGACAGAUGCUGGCCCGAAAUCACAGGCUAAAGCCCAUUUUCCACUGGGCGAAUUUGUUCGCGCUCUUUCGCAUGCCUUUUAACUACAAAAUUCCGCGCAUGCGCAGGUUACGCCCUGUCACACGACGACACUUAAGCACUGUCACACGAAACACUUUUAUGGUUUUUCCAACCACAAAAAUGAGUGCCGAAUCUUCAUUAUCUGUAAUCAUUUUCAUUUUCCAGAACUACAAUACCACAGUUGUGCCAGCGCAAUUGACGUCUAAAGUUUCGCCAGAGGGAAAUGAAAUCCAAUUCUUUGGAAAUGAAUAUCAAGCUUGGCAUAAGUACAACGAUAUAAUUACCAAACGCACAGUGGAUAUCAAGACUGCAGCAGAAGAUGGUAUCAUUUUUUUCGCACCAAUCACGACUGAUGAGAAUGAGAACAAAGGCAAACCUGACAAACUUUAUCUGAUCAUUGAGAUGGUGAAUGGUGCAAUUGGAUUCAGGUGUGAUUGUUUUUCAUAAUAUCUUGUUUAUAUAUACAUAACUGGCCGUCGAAAAAUAUUUUCGGCGUGACUUUCCAGCAAAAUGUAUUUCUUCAAAAGUGAUUCCACAUCCAUGAAUGACUGUUUCAGGCAAGCGUAAAACAUUGGUUUCACGUUUGCCUGAAAUUUGAUCGAGAAAGUUUUAUGAAAUUUUAUUCACUGUUACAAAAGGGUCGAAACAUGGGCUAUGCAGUCAACUCUAUAUAAGACUGGAACGAUAUCUCUGGCUUUGUUUUUGAAGCCACGAUGGCGGAAAUUGAAAACUAGAGCACUUGUGGUCUUUCAGAAUACGCAAAUUUUAGAAACACUUUGUUGUAAACAGUAAAGUUACGGCGCGAUUUUUCAGGUUUUGAUAGUUAAUAAAACAGUCAAUGAAAGGACAUUUUAAAAGAUAUAUGGACCAAAUAACUCAAAAUGUUAUAGCGCUUCUAAAUAUUUGAAAAACUUAAACCAGGAUCAGAGUUAUCGGUCAGUGAAAAUCGAAAAAUUGCGGCGCAUUGUCGAAUCGCGUCCGGUGUGUCUCAGCCUUUACAACUACAAGAGAUCGCUCUAUUUGCCGCCAUGUUUGGCAUCACCCAGUCAACCUCGUACCCAGGGCCUUUCUUCUUGGCGAGGGGAGAAAAGACCCUGUGACGUGAUCUGCUAAAUCUAGCAGAUGUUUAAUUAGCAAUCCAAGAUGAGGUCAAUAAAUAUUUGAUAUUUGGAUAAUUUUUAUGUAAUAUAUGAACAACGAGAGCGAGUGUCUCACCGGGAUAUCCAAACACGAGAAAACAAUGUAUGAGAACACGAGCGCGAAGCGCGAGUGUUUUCAUACAUUGUUUUCGAGUGUUUGUAUAUCCCGGUGAGACACGAGCUCGAGUUGUUUAUAUGGCUUCUCAAAUGAAUCGAGACGUAACAGAAUGUUUUCGUUUGCUGAUUUGAAUAGAAUUCUUAACCAAGCAUAACGUAAUUAGGAAUUCUAUUCAAAUAAUUUUGCAUGCGUAAUUAAGAUAUUUGAUGAAAACACUAGUGACUUUCAUCAAGUAUCCAAAUGGCAUCUUGUGAUCAAAUAGGUGAUUAUCAUUGGCUGAAUUACUCAUGAAUUAUUAAUGAAUUUGAGAAGGUUUAAUAAAGGAGACUUACCUGGAAGUUGAAGUUUGAUUGAGAUUCUAUUACAUGACCAUGGGAGGCAGGAGUUCGCAUGAGAAGCACAACGCAUGCUUAGGUUCAUUCUUUACAGUACUCAAUUGGAACAUGGGUCCAUAUUGAACACAAUCACAUCUUCAGUAUUGCUAUUUUGGAAAAGACUGGAAAACAAAAUAUAUUCCCCUUUCUGACUGUUUAAAGGGUGGGUAAGUUGGAAAUGUAUAGCAUGUGUAUGAUUUCAAAUGCCCGUGACACAACAGACAAUGUGCGGGCAUGUGAACUCCUGCUUCCUAUGGUCAUGUGAUAGAAUCUCAAUCAAACUUCAACUUCCAGGUAAGUCCCGUUUAAUUUUCCAAUUCUAUCACAUGACCGGAGGCAGGAACUCCCAUGAGACUAAUGAAUGGUUUAAUAAUACGUAAACUAAAAUAUACACACAACAAAUUUAGUCGUAGCGUUACACUGAAGACAACAACACCCCACCAUAUCAGACGAACUAUCUGUCACAAUAAUAGGUUUAUUAUAAAACCGCUGAAAAGUCGCGGCCCUCUGCCAGCCAGCUGUAGACAUAAUAAUGUCCAGUGGAACCGCUCGCACGUUAGUUUUAGAUGUAGAUGCAGCUCUGGUACAUGUGGUUGAAAUCGUUUUGUGUGAAUACCGGCAUCAUUCAUUACUACCUUAACCCACCGAGAUAUUGUUUGCCGGCUAACAGCUUUAUAAGGUGGCUGAAAACUAAUGAAAAACUUGUUCUCUCCACACCGCAACGGAUUUGUUCGUGCUAAAUAGUCCCGUAAUGUGCUUAAUGGGCAAAUCUUUUCAUUGGCUGGAUAUUGCUUGAUCACUAUGGUUGGAGCAGACGAAUCUGGUUUGCUGGUUUUUGUUUGUCCAAUAAUGUGAAAACGACACCUGUCCUGUAACAUUUGCAUACCAUUCAAUCUCAUUAAAUGUACCGUCUGCCCACGCUGUGCAGAUGUCAACAAAGUGAUCAUAACGAGUUUCAGACUAAGGUUGUUUAGUGUUACCUCAUUAUGAGGAUAAAGUGUUUCCAAAUGACUUGGUACUCAACAUCCUGCGUCUCGUCAUACCUCGGUAUUGGCUUAUUUACAAGAAAAACAGAUUUCAUAAAUCGACUUACAAGUGGAUGAGAGCCAAAAUUCUCACAUUCUCCCGCUAUGAUAAUAUUAGAUAGUGCUGAUCGAGCCGUGCUAAUAGUGGAAUAACUGAGUCCUUUGUUGUGAAGAUCAUUAAAAAUCCAGAGGUAUCCCGAGGUAUCCCUCCCCCACGGUGAAUGGUAAGUAAUUUCCCUCUGAGUACAAAAGUCCAGCCAUUUUCUAAGGUAUCUCUCAUAUUGUUUCUUAGUACCCGGGCGCCAAGAUUGCACGAUGAAAUCGGCAAUUUGUGUUGGAAGGUGGAAACCUGCGUAGGAAUUCCGGAGACAGGACAUACCAGGAGAUGAACGCAUGACCUAUUUAACAUAUAUUCAUGAUUGUCAUGGGAUACACUCGAUCUCAUGUCGGCAACCGUGUUGGAUGUGCCCGCAAUGUGCACAGCCGAUAUCCAUAUAGAGUGUUCUAUACACCACUGCCACAACUUAAUUGUCAAAUCAUGAUUUCGUUCCUCCCAUAUGAUUAACAUAAGCUGUGGUGUUAUAUCUAACUGUGGCUGUAUAUGACAAUGUGUUGGAGUAUAAUACAAAAUGCUUUUAAUGCAAAAUAUGAAGCUAGUAAUUCUUGAUAAUUAAUAUGCAUUAAGCUCUCUCACCUUCCUCCAAUCGACUGAGAUGCCAUAACUGCUCCGCAGCCAAGUUUAGAUGCAUCUGAUUUAAUGAAAUAUAAAGGGUUCGGUCUCAUAAUAGGUUUAGUUGCAAACGGCAUGUUAUUUAUCCACCACUUUAAAUCAAGUAUGAAAGUGGCAGAAAGCUGCAUACUUGCGUUGUAAUCGCCGCUGUUGUCUCCAUUAGCCUCAAUUUUAUCAAUCUCAAGAGACCGAUAAUGUAGCUGUCCGUAUUCUACCCCAGAUAAAUUUGAAAUUAAAAUACCGAUUACCUGGGAAACCUGGAAAACAGUAGGCUUCACUGAAAACAUUAACUCGGUACAACAGUUAAAGAUGUGGUACAGUCCGUAUGUAAACAAAGGCUUUGUUUACAUUUCGAUAUCCAAAAUAUUGAAUUUUAUUCGACAACUAUUUAUAUUUUCAUGAUUUUAGAGUAUAAUAAAUUAUCAAGAGACAACAAUCAAGUUUUGCAAGAACAUAAAAUGAAAUAAAAACCUAAAUAAACUGUUUGUAAAUAAAAAGAGGGCUCCUUUGUGCACAUGCGCAGAUCGGACUGUACCGCAUCUUUAAUCGUUUGGGUAAUUUUUUCUUGCGUGGACGAAACCGUCAUGCCCGCAUGAGUCAUGGUCAAUGAAUUGAGUACAAAUCCCAAAAAUGUUAAUUUUUGUGUCGGACUCAAAAGGAUUUGUCUGGAUUUAAAAAGAAACCAAUAUUGCUAAAUAAUGUUACCGUGUCGUGAAUAUUAUUAUUUCAUUCAUUUACGGAAUCCACUUGCAGAUAAGAAUCAUCAAUAUAACCUGAAUUUAGAUGACCCAUACCGCGUAAUGUGCUAUAAACUGGUUUCAAAAGUUUGGUAAAUAUGCGAGGUGCACUGCAGGCCAACCCAUUGGGAAGGCAAGUAUACUGAUAAAGAACACCAUUGAACACAAUUGAAUUUUAAAUAUUCUGAUAUCCUGGAUGAAUCGCUACUGUAUGAUAAGCAUCUUUAAGGUCCACAGAGAUCAUAUAACACCCGGGUUUCAUUAAUUUAAUGGUUACUUCAAGAGUAUCCAUUUUGAAAUGAUGAUAUUGUACAUAUUCAUUAAACUUUUUAAGGUUUAAAAUCAUUCUAUGCGAGCCAUCUUUCUUCGGCAAGAAAAAUAUUGGUGAUAUGAACUCGCCAGGUUCAUGUCGUGAUACGAUAAUGACACGUUUAUUAAGCAAUUUUUGUAUGUUAUCGUGUGCGACAGACUGAUUCAAUGUCCGCUGAUAACUUAGAGCCCCUGCAGCAAAGUUAUUUGCUGUUGGGGGUUGAUCAUUUAUAAAUUCAAUUUUGUUAAAAGUAACAUAUUGUAAAAUCGUAUGAUCAUUAGUUAUUCUUUGCCACUCUGGCAAAUAACAAGGGAGUCUCCCAGCAUGAAAUUUAGGUUGAUAUUUCAAUAAUUCGACAACCUUAGGUGAAACUAGAGAAGGAGAUGUUACACUUACCCCACACAACGAAGUUUUAAACGCUACUUGCUCGUGUUCUCCUUCUUUCUGGUCGUGGGAAAGCGACCCUUCUCGAAAAAAAUAUUUCUGCUGCGCUGAUAUGGUUGGUGGCGUCGCUGACUUCUGCUUGCCGGACCAUACGAGGAGUACCCCUGGUUACCACGAGUUGAUGCUAGCUUGACUCUUCGCAGCAGGUCUGACUUUUUUGCAAGCUUACUAGCGUCUGUGAUGUCUUUUGUAGCUUUCGACAAAUCACCAAAGAGGAAAUCAACUCUUGGCACAUGAACAGUGCAUAAAGCUGCAAUGUCUUUGUGAGGAUCUUGCUUUAUUGCCAGUCGUCGCGAAUGGUUGUUUAUUUAUUUAUUUAUUCAACUUCGCCAGGAAAAAUUACACAAAUGACAUGCAUACAAUACAAAUGCAAACUAUACAAGUGACGAAUGGCGGGGACACCACAACAGUUAAAACCAAUUACUGCCGAAGUUCUUGUCGAAGUUUGACCAAUGUUAUCAACUGUUGUUUUUAGAUAUCUGUAUGUAACCUAUAUGUUAAAAGUAACAUAUAGGUUACAUACAGAUAUCUAAAAACAACAGUUGAUAACAUUGGUCAAACUUCGACAAGAGUUACAAUUUAAACAUAUAGAUCUCCAUGUUCUUGGGUCCUCUGCAUCAAAACAACUGGUUGUGUUCAUGGUUGCAUUGUAACAUUAAGGCAAUCGAGUCUGUCAACAUCGGUAAUAACUCUUGAUCGCCACCUUUGUUUAAGACAUACUCGGUCGCUGUGACCACCGCACUUACAGCGGCAAUUAACACAUGUUGAAUUUUCUGGCACUUAGCAUCGCUUGCCGGAGCCGGAGCUGAUAUUUGACCCCAAAUUAACGGAUUUACCCGUGGGGUUUUGAAACACAAAACAUUUGCUGGCCGAGGAUACUUUUUGAGUUUUUCUUGAAGCUUAUCGUCGGCAAGCCGUUCCUUCAAUAAGCUAGAAAGAAUGACCGCUAAUUCAGCAUUUAUCGCUUGACCAGUUUUCUCUUCGAUUGCUAAAUCUUGGGCGAUACUGGUUAGAAGAUCUGGCGUUGAAGUGGUUUGCUGCGAUUGAAUCAUUCGUGACUCUGGUAUCUAACGACAGCAGGUCCUCUUCUUGUUCAGAUUUGCUUUGAGCUUCAAUUUCUCUUCAGUUAGCCAGCGUUCGUCGUCAAUGGCGUCUCUCGCAGCUUCGUCUCGUUCAACUUCGGUGACUUCACCAGAUAAAGAACAACCCUCGUUGCGAGGAGCCGCUCCCUUCAAAGUUUUAAUUUCCAUGAGUAGCAAAGCAAACAUGUCAUUCAGCGUGCUGGGCUUUGUACCUUCAACGCUUGCAUUGGUUUCGACCGAAUGCUGCUGCUCCUGCGAGAUAUUGUAGAAGAUAUGUUGAACGCGUUAAGGUUACAGAACACCUUUGAGUGUUAAUUUUGCCUAAAAAAUUUUUAUUGAAAGCAUUUCCAUGAAAGCAUUAGACUAGUUCUACUAUCUGACCAAGUUUGAACGAAAAAUGUUGAAAACUCGCAGAGUCAUUCAAUAAAAUCACAUUUCGCUGCAAUAAGAAAAACAUUGAAAAUGUAAUAUUGAAAUUCAAUUUUCUCCCGAAAAAUUUUACGGUAAUUACUGAUUUUCAAACGAGUUGUGCUCCUGCGAGUUUUAACCAAUUUUUCUCAAAUUUUCACAGGACAUAGCUAAAGACGUCAGUUUCAAAAUUUUUUUCGGAUCUUUUCUAAUUUUGGAUAUUUUAAAAAUAAAGAGCAAUUAACUGAAACAAUUCAAAAAUAUAUUGCAGUCGUCAAAGAAAUCGCCAUAUCAGCGGAAUGACGAAAUAAACAAAAAUUUCCGAACACAAUUUUUAAGAACAACUAUUUUACUGUAUAAAAAUGAUAUUCUCAUAAGUAUAUCUUAAAACCAGCAGGAGCACAACUCAAAAGCGUAAUCGUACCGCGAUUUAAGAUUUUCCUGAAUAAUUCUUACUUAUCUUAUUGUUUGCUAAUUUUACAACUUUUUUGCAUGCACUGGGGAACAUUUGGUGAAAAUUAUCGAACUGAUAUUGAGCGCGCAGUAGCGAUUUUCCGCAAAACGCCCAAAAGGGUGUCCUGUAACCUUAAGGUCCAACACACUGGACGCGAUUCGACAACGCGACGCGAUUUUUCGAUUUUCACUGACCGAUAACUUUAAUUCUAGUUUAAAUUUUUCAAAUAUUUAGAAGCGCUAUAAUAUUUUGAGUUAUUUGGUCUACAUAUCUUUCACAAUUUGCCCUCAUUGGCUGUUUUAUUAACUUUCAAAAACUAAAAAAUCGCGUCUCGUUGUCGGCGAAUCGCGUCCGGUGUGUAUGGACCUUUAAACGUUUAUGUGAAGGUAAUAGCGAAACCAACUACGUUGGACACUCAUUUUCAAAUUCCCAAAGCAAUUCCAACCACGUUGGAAGUAUUUUAUAUUAAUUUGUUAAGCUAUCGUUGAAACGUCUUUCUUGAACCAUCACAAGUCGUGCAAUGAACCUACGUAUGUGUUGUGCUUCUCAUGGGAGCUCCUGCGUUUGGGCAUGUGAUAGAAUUUGCUUUUUGUAUGAUUGUCGUAAAGGAAUCCAAGAUAGUUAAUCAGAAAUCUGCUAGCUUUUAGCAGAUCACGUGACCGGCUUCUACCACGGUCUUUUUUCCACAAGAAGAAAGACCCUGGAUAUGAGGUUGAUAAGACCUGGAGUUAUCGUUCCAGUUUAUAUGGAGUUCACAGCAUGGGGCUUUGUCACUUUGUGUGCCUGCCCGACUCCAUUUAAACAGGCCGUCGGCCCUGUUUGCCGUCAAACUUUUAUCUUAAACAUACCCCUAGAAGCUUUUAUAUUCGCUUUGGAUGUUACUCUGAGUGUAUAUCCACACCGGGCAGGUUGAAAAGUUAGCCUGACCAAGGUGGGAAUCGAACCUGCGACCUUUGGGAUACUAGUCCAAUGCUCUGCCAACUGAGCUGCAAGCCUGCUCGGUGUGGAUAUACACUCAGAGUAACAUCUAAAACAUUAUAUUCACCUGAGUACAUAACAUCAAAACACACACAAAGAAAUUUUAUAGUCUCAUUUGAAUCAACUGUCACAUCACGUUUUUUUACAGAUUUAAAUUGCGAGGCAAUAAUGUUACAUCAAAAUACACCAUGCAACGUUUUGACGACAAUCAAAAACACAAAGUGGAGUUCCACGUUAUGAAUACGUAUAUCAAACUCAACGUUGAUGGCAAACACGAAAUUCGCGCUGAUGGAGAUUUUAGAAAUUUUUUUCCCAAUAAUAGUAAAGCAUAUCUUGGUGGGUUUAGUCGAGAUAUUGGCUAUCAUAAAGUGUAAGUACAUAAUACAGGGUGAGUAAAAAAAAACUGACACCUUUGUUAUUCAAAUUAACCGCGAAGGUAUCAGUUUUUUUUUACUUACCCUGUAGUACACCUUUUGGUCCACGUGUUUUAAUGUGAGGAGCGCAUGCACACAUGCGUUCUGCUCACGCGCGUGUUUUGUUUACAUAUUUUGUUUGAAACAAUGGAUAACAAUUAAAAUUCUUAUCUAUGGUCCCAUACAUUAAUUAGCACAUCGCACAUUCACAAUACGUCACGAAAGAUAAAAUUGAGCCGCUAAAGAGAAUAUUUAGCUCCAAAACAACAAAUUUCAAAGGGCCGAUUUUAAGAAGCAGACAAAGAGACGAACUCCUGUCGUCUAGCAUAGUACCAACUCCGCGAAAGCAUCUCCGUUUCUCGACGCAUCGGAUUCUUUAUGAAAAAAUUUUAAAAAACCCGAUUUUAAAUGUUCUUUCAAACAAGACAAACUGAAUUUAUAUUGCCAUAUCCCUGUAACCUAGAAAUAACCCAAUUGACUAAAGCUUGAAAGAGCAUCACAAAAUUAGUAAUAUUCCAAAGUUUCGUUGCGAAAUGUUGUAAAAUGCGGAUAAUAUAGCCUUGCGAAGUUUGUAAUUUUCAGUCAUUUUAGAUUACAAACGCGAAAUUGACAGCCCGAUACCCUUUGAGGCUGUCAAUUUCCCGUUUGUAAUCUAAAAUGACUGAAAAUUGCAAACUUCGCAAGGCUAUAUUAUCCGCAUUUUACAACAUUUCGCAACGAAACUUUGGAACAUUACUAAUUUUGUGAUGUGCUCUCAAGCUGUGAUGAAAUUUUUGUCUAGACUUGUGUAGAUCAAAAUUUAGCCUAUUAUGCAAAUGGUCAAUUGGGAUAAACAGUUUUCUGGUUAAAUUUCCUGGUUAUUUGAACCCUUUUCCUAAUAUAGUCUAGUUAAUUUUACCGGGACUUCCUGGUUUUACUUAAUAUGCAUAUGCUAAUUUGCUUCUACUUACGCAAUCCAGCUAUAAUUUUUAGGUCAGUAGAAUUGAUUAAUAUAUAAUUUUUUUAGAAUUAAAAGCCCGUUCUUCAUUGGUUGCAUUGAAGCGAACUUACUCACUGCAGGGUGGGACUACUAUGGCGUAGAGCGUGGUUGUGAUUCAACACUCGUCUCGAAUGCGCAGUUCUCAGGUGCUAAUGCAUCACUUGAAAUUGCGCAACCUGUGACACUAAGUUCGGAUUCUCAAAUUGGUUCCAUGUUUAAGUCAACAAGCGAUGGCUUACUGAUGACUAUGCAAACCCAGGUACUGUAAGACCUAAUCUGCAUAUUGUUAUUUUACCUUUUUCAUGAAUUAAGCAUGCGUGAAAGGCAUUCGUGCCUAAAAAUGAAAGUUUCAGCAGCUAUAUUUAAAGGACUUAAAAGUUAAAAUUGAGUAAGUUUCUGAUAUUUGGACCAUUAAUAAAACACAUAGCAAACUUCUCGCUUGAAAUAAAAAUGCGUUAUAAAUUUUGCGCACACGCUAUUUUUAAUGCUACUAAAAAACACACACCCAAAAUAUAUCUUUACGGCAUUUUUGUUUUCUAUUUCAUUCAUAAUAUAACUCAAGAAAAGAUUUUAUAGUCAUUUUUAUAUCGAUUAAAUUCUCCUUGCAUAAAGUCCACCCGAUCUCAAUGGAAUUUUUUUUUUAAAUCUUUAUUACGGAAAUAGUAUGGAAUUCAUGCUAAUUGCAAUUUCCAUACUAUGGAUGUAGUAUGGAAAUAGCAUGGAUUUACUAUGGAUUUAGUGAUACAAUCGCAAAUUCCACAGUAUGAAUUUCACUAUUUUUUUCAGUGACCAGUAAUAUCACACAUAUUUUUAUAACAAUAUCACACAAUUCUACUAUUCAUUUUGAUUUCAAUGGUGUUUCCCGCAAUAUGAUUGGCUCUUACAGUGCGAUUUCAGCACGAAUCGGACUCAUAGCAGUGCAAUUCGUGCUGAAAUUACAUUCCUUUUUAACCAAUCAUAUUAGAGUGCUGAUCUAAGCCAACCAAUACGAUUUAAUCAUAGGAUUCAACCAGCCAAUCAAUGUUAAGAAAAAUGUGAUAUAUGGCAAAUCAACAAAUGAGCAAACUAAAGAAAUUCAAUGUGUCAUAAUUUAAUACUAUUGACUGCCAAGGCAAUUUUCGCACAUGAAAACCAAAAAAUACGGUAACUAAACUAUCAAACAAUUCUUCACAAAUAGAGACCGUAAAUUAAGAUUAAAAUCUUUUAUGAAACACGGACAAAAUGAAUGUCACCAAAAGCAACUUUACUUAAAGCCUGGCGCACACGAUGCGAUUUUAGUCGGUCGAUAAAAAUCGUUUGACUAAAACUAACAAAAUCGUUGUGUGUGCGGUGUCAUUUUUAACCGAUUUUUGUUGCUCGAUUUUAAUCGGACAACAUCAAAACGUUUUAAGUAUAACCAAUCAGAUUUCAUGCUGUCAUCACGUGCUUGUAUUUAUUUGGCAACAUGGCGGCUACAGUUCAGGGAGCGUAUUUUUUUCGUAAUCGUGUGCGGAGUAUACCGAUGUAUAUCGGUAUGUCAAACGAUUUUUAUCGGCCGACUAAAAUCGCACCGUGUGCGCCAGGCUUAAGCAUUCAGGCAUAACAAGAUAAAUUUGUCUAUAGUAUUCUUGUUCGCUUGUUACGGCAUUGACGGACAUACCGGCGGGGUUGGGUGUCUUUCAUAAACAAGAAUAGUAUUUCCGGCUUACAAACAUGUUUUGCAUUUCAAAAUGAAUAUAUAAACUGAGAAUUCCCUUUUUUGUCUUGUGGUUCCUUAAUUUGGUUGUUUACAGCGUGUGUUAAAAUCGUUUUGUUCUCAACCAACCAACAUUAUUUAUUUUAUAUGUUUGUAUUUGAUACCUAGUUGGGGACAACUAUGUCGUAUUGUAUCUUGCCUUGGCCGGCUUAGGGAAACUCUUUAAAUAAAGAAAUAAAUCAAUAUUUACCACCUUGUAAACCUGUAAACCUUUCAAUAUUCGCAUAGGAUGGAGGAUAUAUUGCUCUUGGUAUGGUAAAUGGUAAAAUGCAGAUUGAUGUUAAUGUUGGCGGUGAUACAUUUGAUAACGUUGAACCUGCACGCCGACGUCGCAGUGUUGUGGGCGAGCAACUAAACGACAACGAAUGGCAUUCAUAUUCACUACGAAUAAAAAAUGGCUACCUAGAACUUUUAGUGGAUGGUCAAGUUGCCUUCAAGAAACAAUUGUCUCCCCAGGCGAUAGCAGCAUUGAACACAGGUAUCUUGAUAUUUAAUUGUUUACGUCUUUACUAA